AUUAAUUUUCUGCAACGCGCGUUAAAGGAGCUGUCUGUGGUAUUCGUAUGAAAGCUUCUUCAUAUAGUUAUACACUUGGCUUAUAUUUUAUUCUGUCGUCUAUGUACGCAGCCAGAGGCUUAAAAUGUAGCGUUACGAGGAAGAGGUGGGCGUACUUCCACACCAACCUGAGCUUCCUGAACCGAAGCCGAGCUCGGUAACUCAAAACCUGCAGUUGUAACUUACCAGAGGACGUCGAAGGAUAACAGCGACGCCAGACCGGCCGCCCUUCCUCAACCAUUCGGGGAAGCUUUCGGUCACGACUCCGUCGACCGCCGCGAUGUCUCUGGUCGAGCAGAGCCAGCAGUCGUUCCCCACCAGCGUGCAGGUAACGGUGCACCAGGCUCGGAACCUUCGCCCGAAGGGGAAGAAUGGCACCAACGACGCCUACGCCAUCAUCCAGGUGGCCAAAGACAAGUUUUCCACCUCGGUGGCCGAGAAGAGCACCGCACCGAUGUGGAAAGAGGAGGCUUCGUUCGGCCUGCCGCUCUUCCACCAGGGGAACGUCGACCGCUGCACGCUGUACGUCGUUGUCAUGCACCGAGUCCAGGCCGGACUCGACAAGUUCCUGGGCCAAGCCGUCGUCAACCUCGUGGAACUGCACGAAAACAAGGCUCGCCAAAGGCCAGAUUGGUUCCCGUUAGUGGACAAGAGCGGAAAAGCGGACAAGUUGCGAGGCGACGUGCUGCUCGGCAUCACCUUCAUGAGGAACAACAUGUCAGCGAGCAUGGUGGACCUUUCUAUGCACGACAAGCCUCGUUCCCGCAUCUCCAAGUUCAAAGACAAAGUCCGCCUGAAGAAAAAGGACAGCUUCUCGGACUCUGGCUCUGCUAUGAGCCAAGUCCUGACAGACAGCGAGGGAGACCACGAUUCGCUCUCCCCCAACCAAACCGCAAAAGAGAAAAAAAAAAACAAGCUCAAGAACCUCUUUGCACCUAAAUCCAACUUGCAGCGGAACACCUCACAGUCCAUGUCGACUUUAGGGAGUCCUCCUAGGAAGAACUCAUCCCUUAGCGGCAGCCGCUCAUCUGGCAUCAAUGUAGAAACUCCUGAAGUCAAGAAGAAAUUCAAAUUUCCUGGACACAAGCGCAGCGGUAGUUCUGACAGCAAGAUGUCUCUGGGUCCAUUAUCGUUACUGGGCCGCUCCAAGCACAGCAACAGUGACAUAAACGACCCCAGCGUUAACAGCAGACAUGUGAAUGCAGACGCGACAGAUGCCAGGAGCGGCUCUACUCUCAGUCUGAACAGCUCCGGCCAAGGUUCUAUGGAGAAUGUACAACAACACGCCACCAGUGUCUUGCCAGACAGGCACACGCCAGGGCCUUUGUUUAGGUCCGAGACUAGAGAUAGGCUUGUGAUGGAACAGCAGCGUCGACAAGAGGAAGAGGAAAGAAGGCAGAUUGAAGCUACAAGAUUGCAGGAGGAAGAGAAUCGUAGACAGAGCGAUGAAUAUGAAAGGAACAGGCGCUUUCUUGAAGAUGAGGCGAGAAGAGAGAAACAGUGGGAGGAAGAGGAAGAAGAACACAGAAGGCUGGAAGCAACAGAGGAUGAGGAGCGCCGUAAACUGGAGGAGGUGACUCAAAAAAACGAAGCGCAGAAAAGUCAGGAGGAGGCUUCCAUGAGCGAAAGGCUCUCAUCUCUGUUUGGAAUCAUAAGAAGGAAGGAGGAAAAAAAGGAGGAGGCACUGCAACACCCCGAAGAAGUGACCACACAAGCGUCUCACUAUGACGUGAGAGAUCAGCAAGUCUUGAGUGCCACCAAUUCGUUUGAGAAUGUUUCGCUGAGCUCGAGCGCUCAAUUUAACAGCGGUGAAAGUCCAGCCGGUGAGCAGAAAUCCAGUCUUAACCCACAAACCUCGUCGGCCAUGCUCUUCCUAAACCGCACCGCAAGAGUGUCCACAGUUAAACCGAGAUUGAGUCAUUCUCUGGAAUCUGAAUCCUCUGAGCACCUGCAAUCUGAAUACUCUGAGCCUCAAACCUCCAGUGCUCCAGUGGACCAGCAGUGGUCUUCCCCAGGCGCCUCUGAAUCUACCCUCUCUAGUGUACCAUAUGACUCCCCCGAUACUUUCUCCUACCUUCAUUCAUCAUUGGCUCCCCUCAGAUUAAGGGAAACUCCGCCUGGUUCUCCUCUUAAAAGUCUGCCUGAUUCUCCUUGUGAAAGUCCGCCUGGUUCCCCUUCUAACAGUAUAGACGUUUCAUCUUCACCCACAAUAGCUGAUAAAAUGGCAAGAGCCCCCUUGCCACCGUUGUAUCCCAUAUAUGAGGCCCAUACUGGUGGAACCCAAGAGUUGCAAAGCUCAAGACACACAAAUGGAUCUCAGCAAGACAAAAAACUCUCUCUUCCACUUCCUGAUUAUGAAACCCUAUUUCCCCAGAAGAGGCAUGGGGUACAGGGGACCACUCGAUGGGAUCAUAUCAUUGCUGAAGUCAAUCAAAGACGCAUGGACAUUACACCGGAACUUACAGGUCCAGAGAUGAGUGUGGAUGGUCCAGAGGACCUUGGGGAGACUAGACCUUCAUUUUCAGAGGAGAGCCCUGAUGUGGGAUAUUUUCAAACACAUCAGCAGGAAAACAGACGUCGGUCGUCCAAACAAGUAGCAGCCCCUCCUCCACCUAAGCAAGUGUCAACUAUGCACAGCCAGUCAAUGUCAGAUUCCGGUCAAAGAGAGAGCCAGAACUUCGGCUGGAUCGAUGAGUCUCUCACAAGGUCUCUUCCCUCAGUAACCGCAGGAAUGCUAAAUAUGGACAAAACUACAAGUGAGAGUCUCCAAGAGAUAUCUCUCGAUGAAUCAAAGAAUGCUUUGCAGCAGUCCUUUCUACCAGCACGUGGGACCAUAUCAACUAGCCAAAUGGACUGGGAUUCGGGAACUCCUGCUGAGCAGACAAAACAUCCAGAGACUUCUGACAUCCACGUUCCCACUGCGAGACCGAGGCAAAAGUCGGUCAUUAAAGAGCCAACGGAACAAGAGUAUUUUGGAGCCACACCAGCGUUUGCUGAUCUGCACAUGAGCGGCAACAUCCAAAAAACACCCAGUUUCAGUAUGAGCGAAAUGGACAAAAAUGGCAAACAGGGGACGGAAAGUGAUUCUGAGUUUCAACCAUAUCCCAGCACGGACCUUCUUUCUAGAUAUAUGGAGGUGCCAGAAAAACCACCCAGAACAUCAGAGGACCUUUAUUCCAGGGUACUACAAACGGAACAAAAACCUGAAAACUCUGGAAUGACGGGAGAUGAUCUCGAUCAAAUUUUCAAUGAAGAGAAACCGGUUGAUCCCUUCUCAAGUUUGAAUGGCUAUGAGACAAGCAAAAUGGAGGAUGAAUUCAGGCAAAUCAGUCCAGUUUUCCAAAGACAAAAUUCAUCGAGACGACUGUCGUCACCUCCUUCGAGAAGUAACUCACAGAAGGCUUUAGAGUUUCACCAAGAAUCUUCGGAUGAAGAAAAAACUACUAGAACUCAAAGGCAUGAUGUCAUUGAGUCCAUCACACAAAGGCAUCCAGCUGAUGGGAAGGCACAAGUCCAUCAUUUUAAGGGAGAAGAUCCAUUUGGAAGUGACCCUUUUGCAACUUCAGAGCCCCUCCCCGUUCUAAUGGAGGAACCGUCCUCAAAAGCAGAAGCUGUUUCUGUGAGAAAGAAACCCAAGAGAGCGUUGUUGCCACCCUCUGUGUCUCAGUUUGUCAGUCCUCAGAUUAGCAAUGGCGAUGUCCUUUCCUCCACUUUAUCCAGGCCUCAUCCAGUGAAGCCUGUAAUGCACUCUAUUGAAAGUCAGCACCACACCAGCACUUCUGCACUGAAAGACAUGCAUGUUCAGAACGGCACAGCUGGAAAGGUUAAGGUGCCAGGCAUGGCUGACAGCGGACCAUUCACUCAGCUGACCCAUGAAGAGUUGAUCACACUGGUGGUGCGGCAGCAAGCGGAUCUGUCCAAGAAAGACUGCAAAAUCGGCGAGCUUGAGGCGUACAUAGACAACCUGUUGGUGCGUGUCAUAGAGGAGAAGCCCGCCAUCCUGCAGGCCAUGAGCACUACCGAGCCAGUGUGAGGUAACGGCUAAGAGAAGACGAGCCCAGUACGCGUAAUGGCCUACUAAUGUUUUUCUUGACUGUGUGUGUGUGUGUGUGUACUUAGACACAUCCUAAUUGAGGUUUAAUAUCAUAUGCACUUUGUGGCGUAAUAUUCAGGUUCCUUUAAGAAUGCUGGAAAUUGUCUCUGGUUGCUAAACGAGCAAUUAAAUGUGUAUAUAAAUCAAUGGAUUUGUUUGGACACAGGUACUGGCAUGUGCUUUAAAUUGUUUUAUUUGAAAUCUUCGUGAUGUAUUUACAAUACUUGAGACGUGGGAUGUGCGUUAUUUCAUCUUUCUUUUUUUUCCCCCACUGUACCUAAACUGUACAUGUGGCUCAAUCAUUCCAAAUGUAUUCCCCAUAAUGUACAGACAUUUUAUGAGCGUAUUUUCAAAAAAUAUAAUUUAUAAAUGAAUACCUCAUCAACCGAUGAUCACUGAUUUUCCCUCCACUGAGCUGUUUUAUUUUCCUGUUGUCAGCUGCUUUGCCGUAUCUUUGAGAGAUGCUGUGCCUUUUUUUUCUUUUUAAAAUGUUUUUAAAUCAAGAAAACCAGCAUUAAGCAAGCGCCUAAUGUCACCUGUAUACUUGCAAUUACCUGAGUCCUAUGAGCUGAUGCAGUGCAGUGACGUUUGAGAACGCGAAGAAAUAACACAGAGCCAAAGUCCCAUUUAUGAAGGAAGUUUGUGAUAAUCAGAUACUACAAUAAAAGGCUCGCUGUUCUUCAACUAGCCUCGUCUGAAGUGGAAGCCCAUAUGAAUGAUGAGCACACCGUAUUUGCCUUUAUUUUUACCAUAUACCUUUUGCAGAAAUUCUUGCAAUAUUGCUGUUAUGAAUGUAGAGACCUGUUGACGUCUCAUUUGAGGAACUCAUUUUUUGCUGACCUCUCUUUCUGUGUGGGCCGAGCACUGAAACAGUAAAAAAUGUCCCCAGAUGCCUCAUGGAUUACAGCUCAGAUAACGCUCCUGACGACAUAUAUGACAGAGGUCAUGAAUUGUGGUUUCAUUUUAAAUAAAGACACUCAGUUUUGUCCAAA